AUGUUAUAUAGUAGAGAAUGGGAUAAAAGUUCUAAAGAGUACAUACAAGCUAAAAGUGAAGCUCAUUUGAUUGGUGCUGAGAAAUUGCUUGAAUUAUGCAGGGCAAAUAAGGGUGUGUACAUUAAAGUAGGGCAACACGUAGGAGCUCUCGACUACCUGUUGCCCACAGAAUAUGUAACGACGAUGCGUGUUUUGCAUAAAGAUGCCCCAAGGAAUUCUAUUGAGGAACUAUACAAAGUUAUAAAAGAAGAUUUAAAGCAGGAUCCUCAUGAACUAUUUGUUGAAUUUGACCCUGAACCACUUGGCACAGCUUCUCUGGCGCAAGUUCACAGAGCUAAACUGAAGGAUGGUACGGAAGUAGCCGUCAAAGUGCAGCACCAUUUUGUUAAGAAAAAUACUAAAAUUGAUUUAAAAUGGAUAGAGUUAAUUAUUUACACCAUGUCCAAAGUAUUUCCCGAUUUUGAAAUGCAGUGGCUGGUUGAUGAGACAAAGAAAAAUAUUACAAAAGAAUUAGAUUUUUUACAAGAAGGUAGGAAUGCAGAAAGAGUAUCUGUUUUAUUCAAUGACUACAAGUGGUUGAAAGUACCAAAAAUAUUUUGGGACUACAGCACAGAGAGAGUCUUAGUCAUGGAAUAUGUGAGUGGAGGUCAAGUUAAUGAUGUUAAAUAUAUUGAUAACAGCAGAAUCGACAAAUAUGAUCUUUGUUUAAAACUUGGUGAUCUAUACUCACAUAUGAUUUUCGUAAGUGGAUUUGUUCACAGUGAUCCACAUCCAGGAAAUAUACUUGUGAAAAAAGACCCUGGAGACAAGGAUGUUACCAUAUAUUUGCUGGACCACGGUUUGUAUGCUCAACUCUCAGAGAAAUUUCGAUACCAUUAUUCAAAAUUAUGGUUGUCAAUAAUAGGAAGGAACAGGGAAGAGAUGAAAUUUCAUGCAGAAGAACUGGGCAUACCUAAAGACUUGUAUGGUUUAUUUGCUUGUAUGGUAACUGGGAGGCCAUGGGAUGUUAUUAUGAAGGGUAUUGAUAGAACGAAGCCCUCUUCACAGGAGAAAUCAACAUUCCAAAAUGAGUUACCAAAUUUCUUGCACCAUGUAACUCAAUGCUUAGAGCACGUAAAUCGUGAGGCGCUGCUAGUUUUAAAGACAAAUGAUUUAAUUCGUAGCAUUGAAUAUGCAUUAGGAAUGCAGGAAAGGAUGUGUGGUUUUAUGGUCAUGACCAAAUGCUGCACAAAGAGCAUUUACCAGCUUGAAUAUAAGAAAGAAAAGUCACUGCUCAGGAAGCAAUACCUAAACACAAAAUAUGUCUGGUCGCUUUUGAUGUUAUAUGUGUAUAAUGUUUUUCUUAAGUUAAGGGAGAAAUUUGUUAUGUACAGU